UGUCUGAAUUAUCUUCUUUUUUAUCAAGGAAAAGUAUUCAAAGGCUGUGUGUAACUUCUCCUUCCAAAGAUGGCAACUAUUGCUACUAGUCUUAACAUUGCAACUCAACGUGUCGUCUUCACCAGCGAGAAUCGAUCGGUUCAUCUUACAGGUCCGGUCCGUUUGAACAAUCCGUGGAACCUAGGGUCAAGAACAACGAGCCGGAUGGUUAAAUUUAGUCCGGUUAAGGCAGCACCGGAAGGAGGAAUAUCGGAUGUAGUGGAAAAAAGCAUCAAGGAAGCUCAGGAGACUUGUGCGGGGGAUCCUGAGAGCGGGGAGUGUGUAGCUGCGUGGGAUGAGGUUGAAGAGCUUAGCGCAGCAGCUAGCCAUGCUAGAGACAAGAAGAAAGCUGAUGGUUCGGACCCUUUGGAGGAAUACUGCAAAGACAAUCCUGAGACCAAUGAGUGCCGUACUUACGACAACUAAAGGAGGUAAUCCAGAUCAUGUUCAGGAUUCCUUUAUUACAAAAUCUUUGUUCCGGUCGAUUUGUCAAUUUGGCAGAUGUAAUGUAAUAAGGAUGAUGUCUUAUUAAGACUUAAUUUAGCUCUAAAAACAUUGUAAUUUGGUGUUCCACAUACGAAUACAAAGGACAGAAUCUCAA